GCGCCGCUGGCCCAGAAAAGGACGGACCCCGCGCGGGGCAGCUACACAGCUGCGCUCGCCGGGCAGAGGGUGAAGCGCCUCGCGGGCUCCCUCUGCGCAUCCACGCACCGACCGCGGCCGCCACCUCCUCCUCCCGCGACGGCCUUGCCAGGCUCUUCGGUACUCUCUGGCUCUGCUUUGGGCACUGCUUUGGGCACCCAUGUGGCUCUUGGAGAAAGUACGGGUGUCCCCCGGAGAGGCCCACCUGCUGGGGCCCUCCUUCCUGGGGCUGCCCCCUGGCCAGCUGCUGCCCGACAAAGGCAAGCUCGGGGUGCCAGCUGCAGCUUUCCCCAACCUCUUAACCCCGGACCGGAUCCCGGAGUUCUGCAUCCCGCCGAGACUGGUGAAUCCCGCUCCGGCAAAGAGCCCCAGCCUGGCCUUCCAGCCCCACCGCUGCUUCACCGAGCUGGGCUUGCACGCUGCCUCGACUGCUGUGGGUGGCCCUGCUCCCGGCCUGCUCUUGCCGCACCUCAUCCAGGUGGAAAGUGUGGAGGAGAUCCCCGCCCUGGAGGAAGAGAGCACCAACUCGGACCCCCAGGCGCAAGCUGCCUUGUCCCUGCCCCACUUCCCCAAAGCCCAGACCUCCUACGGCUUCUGCACUCUGCUGGAGAGCCCCCACACCCGCCGGAAGGAGUCCAUCUUCCACAGCGAGGGCGCCUGGCCCAGCCUCCCCCUGCCGCGCUCCCGGGCCAGCAGCUACAGCGGCAAGGAGCUGGCCUCCAGCCCCAUUGCCACCCAUGGGGCAGCCCCCCGCCACCUGCUCCGGCAGGGCGCCUGGGACAGCGACACGGCCUCCUCCAGCGAGUCCUCCCCGUUCAGCUCUCCACUCCUGGGCCGCUCCCUGCCCAGGUCUUGCUCCUUGUUCAAAGCCCGGAGCCAGGAGGGCCUGCUCAGCAAGGCCCUCAAGCCCAAGUCGGGCAUGGUGCGGGCCAGCUCCUUGUCCACCGACGAGGGCAGCUCCACUGACAACAGCCCCAACGCCACCCGGCGGUCUUCGGAGAGCUUGCUGGACCCGCUGGCCUCUCGGGCCUACAGCCUCUCGCCUUUGCCCAUCUUCCCACUGGACCUCCCCUGUGGCCGGGAGAGGCUGGGCCGGGAAAGCACCGUCUUGAUGGACAAGGGGGGGCUGCUCCGGCUCUCCUCCGAGUAUUGCUCUGAAAACAGGCGGCUCCGAAUCCGCCUGAUCAGCGUGGAAGGCCUUUACGAGGCGUCUCUGGAGCCCAAGAACAUCAACUGCUGCAUCACCUUUUCUCUCAUGCCCGGGAAAAUCCAGAAGCAGAGGAGCACCGUCAUAAAGAAGAGUCGGAAUCCCAUCUUUAACGAGGACUUCUUCUUUGUCGGGGUUUGUGAAGACGAUCUUUACAAUCUCUCCGUACGGAUGAAGGCCGUGAAUAAAGGGUGCAACAUGAAAAGGGACCAGCUCCUGGGAGACAGUGAGGUCUGCUUGAUGGCUCUUUUAGCGGCCUGAAAUUCUUACUGCCAGACAACUAUUUAUUCAAAGGUUAUAUUUUUUGUAUGUUUUUUUAAAAAAUAAAAUUGAUUUUUAUUGAACUCA